AAAAUCAAUUAACUGUAAGAUUAUACUAAUCUAAUCUCUAAUUAAAAAAGGUAAGCAGUACAAAGAAAAAACACUGUUUUUUUUACGAUUAAUUUAAAAGGAAAUUAAUUAAAUCGGUGAAAGAAGGAAGAAGAGGCGCAACAAAGGCUUCGUCUUUCAUUUUUUCUUUUCUUUUUUGCCGUGUCACACCGAUCUGGCUCUGUCUUCUUCUUCGUCUUCUUUACGUCUCUUUGAAAUGCUCAAAGCUGAUUAGGGUUUAUCAAACUCUUACUUAACUUUCUUGUUAUAUCUCCCUUUAGUUAUCCUCUCCGUCGUCUUCUCAGCUUAGCAGCUAUUGUGCAUUCAAACUAUACUUGGAAGCAAAACUCAUUUAACAGUCAAAUAUAACAAAAAAAAUGGCUGCGGAGCUUGUAAGUUCUGCGACAAGUGAGAAGCUUGCUGAUGUGGACUGGGCCAAAAACAUUGAGAUCUGUGAACUAGCUGCUCGAGAUGAAAGGCAAGCAAAAGAUGUUAUUAAGGCUAUCAAAAAACGCUUGGGAAGCAAGAACCCAAAUACUCAAUUAUAUGCUGUCCAGUUGCUGGAGAUGUUGAUGAAUAAUAUUGGAGAAAGUAUUCAUAAGCAGGUUAUAGAUACAGGUGUACUCCCUACACUUGUGAAGAUAGUAAAGAAAAAAUCGGAUUUGCCUGUAAGAGAGAGGAUUUUUCUUCUUCUUGAUGCAACUCAAACCUCCCUUGGUGGCGCUUCAGGAAAAUUCCCUCAGUAUUAUACAGCAUACUGUGAUUUAGUGCACGCAGGAGUUAAAUUUACUCAGAGACCUAAUGCUACACCAGUCGUGGUCACUGCUCAAGCUAUUCCAAGAAAUACGCUCAAUGAACAACUUGCAUCUGCUAGAAAUGAGGUGCCUGCUACUACUCAGCAGCGAGAAUCUCAAACUGUCUCGCCUUCGAGCAUUUUACAAAAGGCUAGUACUGCAUUAGAAGUUUUGAAGGAAGUGCUUGACGCAGUCGAUUCUCAAAAUCCUGAGGGGGCGAAAGAUGAGUUUACUCUUGAUCUUGUUGAGCAAUGUUCGUUUCAGAAAGAGCGUGUAAUGCACCUCGUCAUGACAUCAAGGGAUGAAAAAGCAGUUUCUAAAGCAAUUGAAUUGAAUGAGCAACUUCAGAGAAUUCUCAACAGACAUGAAGAUUUGCUGUCUGGUAGAAUCACAGUUCCUAGCAGGUCUACUACAUCCAAUGGAUAUAAUUCCAAUCUCGAACCUGUCCAUCCUAUCUUAAAUGGUCACCAGAAACCCGAGCUAAAGGCUUCUAAUGCAAAAACCGAAUCAAGCAGCUCCAUUUCUAACCAAGCCCAUCUUAAGCUUGAGGAAGAAGAUGAGGAAGAAGAGCCUGAGCAGUUAUUCAGAAGAUUGCGAAAAGGGAAAGCUAGAGCAAUGCCUGAGGAUGAAGAAGAGCCAUCACCUCCACAAGGCUUACCUGGAUCAGCAAUCCAUAACGAAAGACUUAACCGUCCACUUAUUCGUCCAUUACCAUCAGAGGAGGCAUCACGUGGUGGUGAUAGUCGUUCGCAAUCCGGUGAUAGCCAUUCGCAAUCCCCACCUGUUGUAAUUCCACCACCACCUGCAAAACACGUUGAGAGGGAAAAAUUCUUCAAGGAGAAGAAAGUUGACGGUGCCUCCGGUUUACCAGGUCAUAUGAGAGGCCUUUCUUUGCAUAGCCGCGAUGGCAGCAGCUCACGUAGUGGAAGCAUAGACUUCAGUGACUGAAACAACCAAAGCUCUCAUCAUCCAUCAUAUAUAUGUAUUCUUUCACGCUCGUUUCUUUAGGUAAUUUACAGAUGGAAAAAGUUUGUGUUGUGUGUACUUCUCCUUCUCUCCUUCUCUAGUGUUGUGAAUUUAGAAUAUAGCACGAACGACGAGAUCUGGUUAUGUAUACGAGUAAAGUACUUCCUUCCACUUCACACUUGUGUUACUGUUCCUGCUCAUAUGAAGCCGAAUGUUCAAAUG